AUGGGAGGCUUCAGCAUCCUCCUCCGCUCCUCCGCCCUCACCUGCGGUCGCCCGCUCUCAGCCCCUCCGGGCGCGGAUGUUCAGUGCCGCGGGCGGCGUCCGCUGUGCGCACUGCGGGGCCGUGGGCAUCCCCUGGCCGCGCUGCCCGGCCCACCCAGCUGGCCGCUGAUGGGCAGCCUGCCCGACGUGCUGUGGAAGGGGGGGCUCAAGAGGCAGCACGAGACGCUGGCUGAGUACCACAGGAGGUUUGGGAAGAUCUUCCGCAUGAAGCUGGGGGCUUUCGACUCGGUGCACAUCGGAGCCCCCUGCCUGCUGGAAUCUCUGUACCGCCGGGAGAGCGCCUGCCCGCAGCGCCUGGAGAUCAAACCUUGGAAAGCCUAUCGGGACUAUCGCGACGAGGGCUACGGACUGCUGAUCCUGGAAGGAAAGGACUGGCAGAGGGUGAGGAGCGCCUUUCAGAAGAAACUGAUGAAACCCAAGGAGGUGGUGAAACUGGAUAACACCAUCAAUGAGGUCCUGGGUGACUUCAUGUAUAGAAUAGAUGAUAUUUGUAACCACAAUGGACAAAUGGAAGAUGUAUAUUCAGAAUUCAACAAAUGGUCAUUUGAAAGUAUCUGCCUGGUGCUGUAUGGGAAGAGGUUUGGUCUCCUACAGCAGGAUGUAGAAGAAGAAAGCUUGAAUUUCAUCAAGGCUGUUAAAACGAUGAUGGCUACUUUUGGAAUGAUGAUGGUGACACCCGUGGAACUUCACAAGGGUCUGAACACAAAAGUCUGGCAGGCUCAUACUAAAGCAUGGGAUGAUAUAUUUAAAACAGCCAAGCACUCCAUCGACACUCGGCUGGAAAGGCACUCUGCAAACCCUCAGGAGGAUUUCCUGUGUGAUAUCUACUCUGGAGGGCAGCUUUCCAAGAAGGAGCUGUAUGCCACCAUUGCAGAGCUCCAGAUUGCCGGAGUUGAAACGACAGCCAAUAGUUUGCUGUGGGCUUUGUACAACCUUUCACGAAAUCCACGCGUUCAGCAGAAACUUCUUCAGGAGAUACAAAGUGUUUUGGCUGCCAAUGAGAGCCCAACUGCUGAGAGCAUUAAGAAUAUGCCCUACCUAAAAGCGUGUCUGAAGGAAUCCAUGAGAUUAACACCAUCUGUGCCAUUUACCACUCGCACUAUCGACACAGAAAUGGUUCUAGGAGAUUAUGUACUACCUGAAGGGACAGUGCUAAUGAUAAACAGCCAUGCCUUGGGCUGCAAUGAAGAAUAUUUCAAUGGCUGGGCUCAGUUUAAGCCGGAGCGCUGGCUGCAGAAGCACUCAAUAAAUCCCUUUUCCCAUGUCCCGUUUGGCAUCGGGAAGCGGAUGUGCAUUGGCCGUCGCUUAGCAGAGCUGCAGCUCCACUUGGCCCUGUGCUGGAUCAUUCGCAAGUACCAAAUCGUAGCAACCGACGCCAAUCCGGUAGAAACUCUGCAUUCAGGAAUCCUGAUCCCCAGCCGGGAGCUGCCCAUCGCGUUCCACAGGCGGUAA